UGGUCAAAUAUGACUUUUUAUAAGUCUGCACUUUAUUCUGAAAAAAACUAGAAACCUUCUUUGUCCAUUUUGGUUGAUUAUUUGAUAUUCUUUCCUCCACCUGAUUUGGAAAAAAACAUGAAUUAUUACUUAGAUCGUUUAUUAGGUAGUUGCAAAGUGUCUGGGUAAAUUUCUGUGGGUUUCUUGGUUGUUUAUCUGGUUGCUCAACAGAUUAAAUGGUUGGUUGACUCACUGGUUAGUUACUUAAGCAUUUGGUUUAGCUUCUUGCGUAGUUCAGUUGGUUUACUGGUUGGUUGAUUGGUUAAUUGGUUAUGUCUUAGGUAUUUUUAGAUUUUAUUUUGGUAUGGUUGUUUUCAGCUGGUUGGUCCUUUGCUCGGUUGCUUGAUCUACCGAUUGAUUGAUUCAUUGCUUCAUUGAUUGAAUUGUUUGGCGUCUGGUUUUUUUUGAUUGAUUGGGAGGCUAUUGUUUUGUUGAUCAGUUAGUUGUUUAACAGAUUGUUUGAUUGAUUGUUUUGUUUUUGUAAUUCAGCCGUUCUAUCAAUUAAUUUGUUAUGUAACUAGUUAGUUCAGUUGGUUCAUAAGGUUAUUUAUCAGUUAGUCAAUUGGCUGAUUGGUUGCUGGCUGUCAGGUAGGCUAAUUAAAUGAUCAGUUGGAUGUCUGACAGGAAGAAUUGCUAAUGAACGGAUUGAAUCUUUGUUCUUUUGGCUGACUGGUUGACUAACUUUUGUCACUGGUGGUUGGUUUAUUUAAAAAGGCACAAUGCUAAGCCUGUAAAUAAAUCACUUUUGAAUUUUUAAUUGGUUAUUCUUUUCUGCAAACAAAUAUUAUCCAGGAAUAUCACAUACAUCUGCAAAAGGUUGUGCACCAUAUAUAAACUAAAUGUGUAUGCUUGAUAGCUGUAACCGUUUUAUUCAGUAAAACAUAAAGUAACUUUGAUCGAAAAAGACUGUCCUAACUGUUAGACACGACUUCAAUGGCUGACCCUUUAGACAAAUAAAUAUACCAAAUGCCUUUAAAAUAUUCCAUUUAGAUAGAAACGUGUAGUGUAAACUAGCCAGUAUAUACUAUUAGUAUAACCUGUCACGACUCGUUAAAUUGACUCAUUUCUUAAACUGUAUAGAUCAUGUAGGCUUUGUAGGUACCUAGGUGGAAAAAAUGGCUUCGUGUGAAUGAGACUUUUAUUUUGAAAAGCGGAAACUCGAGAGGAGAGUUAAGGAAGGGAUUCUUGCGUUGUAACAACGCAUUAGCAACCAACUGAAACACAAUAAUUUUAUAAAUAAUUUACUUGAGCUUUAGGAGGAAUGCGCUAAUGGAGGCUCUCAAAUCAAAACAAAAAAUAAUAGACCCAAGCUUGUGUUUGCCAUCCCUUCGCCUCCUGGUGCCCCCUUUGCAGCUUCUGUCUGCUGCCAUGUGUCAUGUGGUGAAGCAGAAGGAUGUGAAGAACUACUGGAAGCUGCAGGAGUUUGUGUGCAUGGUGACAGAGGCAGUGCCCGGCCUGAUCAACCAACGACAGAGAGCGCAGCUCCUCCUCGGCCUAAGAGCUCGGUUGAUUUUGGAGCUAUGCAAAGGCUCUGCUCGAGGAGAAGUCGAUACUCAAGGAAUCCAGAGUUACUUGGAGAGGCUGCCAGUUAGUUCUGCGUACACAUAUCAGUGCACGGAUGCAGAGGUGAAAACAACUGAGUCGACUUUUAUUGCGCUCGUUCAGAGCUUGCUCAAAGAUCCAGCAGAGAGGGCCUAUUUUUUUCAGGAGGUGUUCCCUGUUGAAUAUGGUCAACAGUACGAUGCAGCAGUACAAGUGUUAUUGUGGGAGCUGCUUUCAAAGCUGGAAAAGCUACUUCCAGUACCAGACCUCAAGCAGACGACCGCCUGGUUCAUCUCUGCUCCUUCUGUUUUGGAAGAAUGUGUCCAGUCGUCAUCAGAGGAGCUAAGCUCUGUGUUCAAGCUCUACAAAAGCUUAGGAUUACUGAAGAUGACGUGUGGGCCAUGUUCUACCAUUGGUAGCUGUAUCAUGUCUGCUCUGUCAGUUCCUCCCUCGCAAAAGACCAACGUGUCAGCUGGACAGCAAUCUGUUCACAACUACACAAACACACUGACCCGUCUCACUCUGGCUGAGGCUGGCCAAUGCAGUGUUGUAGCCUAUUACACUGAAGUCAGAGCGUCUGAUCUGGAUGCGGAAUCGUCCGAGAUUCAGGUUCAGACGGAGUGUUAUGAAGAAGAAAUAGUUGCUUUGAGUGCAGAGACCGGCGGUGGUGUGGAGGAGGCCCUCCGCUUCAAGGUGGAGGAAACAGGUGAAGCUGCAGGUGUCGCCAAAGCUUUGGAAACUUUGACCAAAGCAUUUGCAUUGAGGAAGGAGAGCAUGGGAAAUGAGACUGGUCCGGAAAAUGCACCAAAUGACGGUCAUGAAACAAGAACCCAGACCGAGAGAACAGCAGACGAUGCAGAGGUGCUGCGUGAUUUCCAGCCAGAAGCUGUAGAGACUCAUACAGAUUCUUGUACAGACCUGAAGGACAACCUCCAGCAUGUCUUUCAUGAAGAAAUUACAAAUGCCUUCAGGGAAGCGUCUGCAUCGCAGGAGCCUGGCGUUCGCACAACCACAUGUUUAGUGGGGAAGAUGAGUGAAGCGAAGAGGACAGCAGGAGAAAAGAAUGACAUGCUAAAAGUGAACGCAGCAGAUGUGACGCUCGCCCCGUCUGUGGUUGCAGUUAAAGGAACAGACAAAGAUGAGAUGACGAUCAUAUUCACCUGCUCACGGUGUCCUUUCCAAAUCUCGGAUGAAGGCAGUCCGCCUCAUUUCCACAUGCAGAGCGUUCGCACUGAGGUAUACAGGAGUUUCACAGGGGAGAAAUUUACGCCGUCUCCUUCCAGCUCCGAUGAAAUAUUUACGUCCAUCAAGCUUUUCCCAAAAGGAAACGUGGAACAAAUACUUCCUGAGACCAAAGAUGACGUUCCCCAGGCUCACAGCAGACAAAGAUCUCUGACGUGUGAAACGUGCGGGAAGGUUUUUACUCGGACGUCCGAUGUGAGAAGGCACCAGAUCACACACACCGGGGAGAGACCGUUUCACUGCUCGCGGUGUGACCGAACUUUCCAGCACUCCUGGGAUUUGGCGAAGCACGAGAGCAAACAUCACGGCGUGCCGAUUUCCUUCUCCUGUGGGCUCUGCGGCGGCUCGUUCGCUAACCUGAGGGGGCUGACCUUGCAUCAUAAGAAGUCCCACUCAGAGGAGGGGCAGCUGCCUCAGAUCUGCUCCAUCUGCAGCAGAAGCUUUCCAACAAACGCUGAGCUGCUAGAGCACAGGAAGUGUCAUGUCACCACCAGACGCUACAUCUGCCAGCAGUGCGGCGACGGCUUCGACACGCUGCUUGCCCGCUCCCAGCAUAGGCUGGUGCAUCAAGUGAAGCGUCAGUUCAAAUGCCCGCACUGUGAGAAAACGUACACCCGCAGGUCUGAUGUAAAGAGACAUUUAUCUACGCAUACUGGGGAGCGACCUCACCAGUGUAACCAGUGCAACAAACGGUUCUCAGUCCACUUUAUGCUUGUCAAACACCUCCGGGUUCACACAGGAGAGCGACCUUUCCAGUGCUCCCACUGCUCUAAGAGGUUCACUCUGAUGUCUGUUCUGGCCCGACAUGAACGGAUGCACACAGGGGAGAAACCGUUUCUCUGUUCACAGUGUGGAAAAGGUUUUUUAUCGCAGGGAGAGCUCUCCAAACAUCACAGGUCGCACUUGGAUGACAGACCCUACUCCUGCCCUCAUUGUGAAAAACGAUUCAAGAGCAAGAAAACCCAGCAGGAGCACAUCAUCUCCCACAGCGGUGCCCGCCCGUACCCAUGCACCCACUGUGGAAAGGGCUUCUCUAAACCAUAUGCUCUGACUAGACACAACCUCAUCCACACCGGAGAGAGGCCGUUCGCCUGCGGACACUGCGAGAAAUCCUUCCUCACGCUCAGCGAGGCUCAGCUGCACCGCAGGAUUCACACUGGAGAAAGGCCGUACCCCUGCGACACCUGCGAGCUCAAGUUUAAGAGCUCAUCGGAGCUGGCGCGCCACAAACGGAGCCACUCAGGGCUGAGGAGGGAGCAGCCGACCUGCGAGCAGUGCAGGAAAACAUUUACAUCAAAGGCCAAACUAAAGAAACAUAUGGAGACACAUGUAGAAGCUGCUGACCUCCAUAAGAAUACAUUUAGAAAAUCCUAUUGAUUAAACUAAGUAUGUGUAAAAUAACUUCAUUUAAUGCAACGACCUGUGGGUAAAUUAUGUGGAAAAAGUUAUUAAAUAGAAAUCAGUCUGACGCUACAUAUUUUUGUGCUUUAUGAAUGUUCUGUAGAUUAAAAUCAUAGAUGAGUUAAUAAAUAGCUUUCGCUCUA